AUGGAGGAUGCCACACGAGGACUCCCAAGAGGUCACCCAUCCAAGUACGAUUCGCGCCCAAGCAUGCUUGACUUUGAAGUUCUGAUGGAUCCGGCUUGGCAUCUGUGUGAUCCAGAUGCAGAGAGGGUAUUCCAGGCCCUUAAAAGGUAAAAGCAGCUGAUUUUCCUUUUGGCUUAACAGGUAAAAGCAGAGAAGCCUAAUCCAACAAUAUCUUUAAAAGCUUGUGAGUUACUAGAAAUAAAUCCAGAAGAUGCUGUUCCUGUAGGGGAUGAUCGUAGAAAUGACAUUUGGGGUGCUAGAGAUGCAGGUUGUGAUGCCUGGCUGUGGGGAAGUGACGUUAACUUCUUCAAAGAGGUUGCUCAGAGAAUAGGUGUCGAUGUCUGAAAUGGUGUAUUAGUAGAUGCUUUCGAUGUGUAAAAAAGCUGCUUCUUGUGUGUCUCCCCAUAUUCCCAUGUAUAUAUAUUCUGCAUUUGUAAUCAGUAUGAGAAAGAUCACCAAGGCCUUUGUUGGUGGCAAUACAUAGAGUGGAAUAAACAGGCUAUAGAACUUUGGUUUCUUAGUGUCA